CCUGAACUUGCAAUGUGGACAGUAGAGCGCACAUACACGAUGGACCAACAUGGCAGACGUUGUAGGUGUGGUGGCGUGAUAUCAUUGACGGAUGUAACACAUGCUGUCGAAUUGAUACCAGAAUAUGGUAACAAGGUAGACGCAAAGAUUUCUUCGGCCACUUGUUUGGAGAGCUAUGACCGGUUUUUUCUUAACAGUUUCGCAGAUAAGGAGAGCUAUCAUACAUUCAGCACGGAGUUCGCAUAG